CAGACUCAUAAGACCGCUACUUCUCUACUUGUCAACCUUGCUUCGCAUUUACCCAGUCGUGCUGUUGGCUAUCACCGUAUUCGCAACGCCCUUCGUUAAUUACUUUGUAUAACAUAUCCAGUAACAUUUUUCCUGUCAUUCACAAUCAAAAAGCAGGGAACAGCAUGACUACUGUUUCUAGAGCAGAAGCAUGCGUCUUCAUUGAUAAACUUAGGGAAGACAAUGGUGGAAUUACCAGAGAAGACCGAGAGUUCUUGGAGCGAAACAAGCCACAAAUACUUGCCACCAUCGAUAACAUACGGCGAAAGCUAGGCGCUUCAACUAAAGCGCUGGCUGCAAACCUCUACGCAAAAGAUACCCGUUUUGUCUACGAAUUGAUCCAGAAUGCCGAAGACAACAGUUACGAAGUCGCAAAGAAUGAGUCUAAGUCCCCUUGGCUUCGUUUCGCGCUUGACCAGGAUCGAAUCGUAAUCGACUCUAACGAGGAUGGUUUCUCAGAAGCAAAUAUCAGGGCUAUUUGCUCUAUCGGCGAAAGUACGAAGGCAUCUAUUCAAGGCUAUAUCGGUGAGAAGGGUAUCGGGUUCAAGUCUGUUUUCAAGGUUGCACGUAAAGUCCAUGUGCAGUCAGGACCCUACUCAUUUGCGUUUGAGUAUCAGCGCGAUGGGAAUGACAAUGGCCUAGGAAUGGUAACGCCGAUGAACGAAGACUACCUCGCCGUCCCGGGUGGAGUUCGGACCCGAAUAAUCUUGUAUCUUCUCACGACAUGCGAUAGAAACACGCUGCGCAAGGAGUUCCUAGACCUUCCGGAUACGUUGUUGCUAUUCUUGAGGAAGCUAAAGACGCUGUCGAUAAAAAUCACGAUUCCAGGUGAACGCGAUGUAGAGCGGAACUAUUCAUUGUCUAAGUCUGGAAACGAAGUCAGUCUGCACAAGACCCUUUCACAAUUGAACUCUACUUCGACCCAAAACUACUGGACAGCGAGACGCCAGGUUUCAAACAUGCCAAACAACUACGCCCGUAAGAACAUUUCGAUGGCUGAAGUAGUUCUGGCAUUUCCUUUGGAUGCCGACGAUAUUCCUAUUAUCGAAGAUCAGCACGUGUUCGCGUUCCUUCCUUUACGGAAGGUUGGAUAUAAGUUCCUCAUUCAAUCCGACUUCAUUACCCAGGCUAGCCGUGAAGAUGUAUUCAACUCUCCAUGGAAUAACCGCUUACUUGAUGAGGUCACCGAAACAUUCCUAUCAAGUGUUGGCGACUUUCUCAACCACCCGACUCUACGGUAUUGCUGGCUACGAUUCAUCCCAACCGGCCAUAUUGCCGACGACUUCUGGGGUCGCCUCCAGGUCAACAUUUUUAAAGCAGUUUCAUCACGCAAACUGUUCUUCGAUCGUUACGAUUACAAAACACGCCUAUCAUUUGCCAAUAAGUUACGAAUCGUACCCCACGGAUUCAGAGACGAAGAAGGCCACCCUUUACUUGCCGACCUUACUUAUGGAGGGAAGACGGCCUACGUGUCAGAACAAUACGACAAGAACUUGGAACUUCCUAUUCUGAAAAAGAUUGGCGCCGAGGGUCUGUCGAACGAAGACUUUUUGGACAGGCUUGCGCAGGACCUUAAUUUCAACGAUGUCAAGCAGAGUCGUAUGCGUUCCAAGCCAUUGUCCGCUGAAUGGCAUACCGACGUUGCGAGCCUGCUUAUAGUCAUGUUGAGGAAUCCGAUCUAUACUCCGAGCAUUGGGAUCCUUCCAAUUGUACCCCUCAAUACCGGGAGAUGGGUCAGCCCGCGAUUCGCCAGCAUAUAUUUCCCAACUUCAGAAGGCAUUGAAGUCCCUGCGGACUUGGGCUUGGCCCUCGUUGACACAGGCGCACUACGUAAUAAUAGUCGGAAGACACUGUUUUCCAAACUUGGAGUUACGGAGUGUGACCCAUCCAAGGUCUUUCCAUUGAUAGAACAGGUCUAUCUAGGCUCCGGACAAACGUUUAGACAAACUCUCCCUCACAUCAGUUUCAUCUUCUGGCACCACACCAAACUACCUACCAAAGGAAUUAGGAUAAAGCUGCUAGGCAGCCAGGGCUCUUUCUGGUCUGAUGCUCCUAGAGGUUGGACGUACAAUCCUUGCUCUGAAGCUCCUUACUCAAUGUCCAAAAUUCUCGGCACAUCAAGCCCGAUCCAAUUGAAAGACAAAAUGAGAUUUCUGAAACCCACAUACGAGGAUGAACUACAGCAUCUCGAGCGCCGGAACGAUCAAACGAUCAUGGAAUGGCUUGCAAGUUUCAUCCAAAUGAAAGAAAAACCUCAGCUUUGUCGGAGGUCCAACACCCUGAAGAUGUCUUCGGAGCUCAAAUAUAUCAUCCAGCACCGGCCACAGUUUCUACUUGGCGUACUUGAAGCUAAUUGGCAUCAAUAUUCACAUCACUUUUGGGAUCUUUAUUCCGAACGUAUCGAAGUUCCAGUUCUUCAUUCGGAUCAACUGCGACGCCUAGACAUGACGUAUCUGCCCCUACCGAAACUCAUGAAUAUUGUUGUUCGUCUUGGCCUUGAACAGGAUUUUGGGUUUCUCAAAGAGCUUGACGGCAUUGUGGAUUCUGCGGCAAGCAAAUGGAUGUUCUUGAGGCGCUUCGGGGUCGGAAUAGACGAUGACCUUUCGUUUUGGUUGGCACUACUGAAUAAAGCUAAGCACAAGAACAAUGUACAGGGCACAGUUGUCUUCGAGAUAUACACCAACUUGCAGAAGUUUCUCGAGCCGGAGGAAAUCGAGGAAAUCAAGGAAGUAUUUUCUGAAGACGCUUACGUCUUCUUGCCUUCAGCAAACUCCGAUGCGCCUCCGUCCUGGAGAUUCAUUGAAGACUGUGUAUGGGACGGCCCGGAGUGGUUCACAUACAAGGCCCGCCUUCAGACAAGCAAACAGUAUCGACGGCUUUAUAGUCUCUUCAGACUUACGUUAGGUGUUAAACAUGCUGAUUAUAACGAUUAUCUUGCCUUUUUACAGACCAUUCAAAACUCUUCAACCGACAUCUUGUCGAGCGACGAACACGCGAAAGUUCUGCUCCUCUACGAACAGUUAUACAAAGUGGCUAAUGAUCUGAACGAUUUCGAUGUGGAAAAGCAAAUAAGGACCGAUUUUGAAGAAAAUAAUUUGGUAUAUAGCCACUGCAAUGGGACUUGGCAUACCCCAUCCUUUUGCAUCUGGGCCGAAGAGCAGAUUCAAUUACCUGGAAAACUGUCAAUUGCCACAACGUACAAAACUCUCAAGCCUUUCUUCCUCAAUGUUCUUCGCGUCACAAAGCCAAGCUUGGAGAUGCACAUAUCUGCUCUCAAGCAGAAGGCAUCGACGAACCCGGAUAAGAGUAGCAUUUUCCGGGAGAUGCUGAACAUUUGUGCGUUCGAGAUACCAUUCAAAGCUCUGGAAAAGCUGCGUGACUGCAAAUGCUUGCCGAUAAAACUACCCUCUGGGACCACCGAGUGGUCGGAUUGCUCCGAGGACUUUGCUAUCGUGAAUCGUCGCGACUACAGUCAAACAUUCGCAGGCCAAAUAAAGGUCCUGAAUUUCUCGCUGGAAGAGGUCCACUCCUUGAAGCCAUUUCUCACUGGGCUCGGGUUAGAGGAACGAUAUUUGUCUAGAGCGGUCAGGGAAGAGACUACCGUUCAGGGCGGUUUGAUCAGCGAGCGGCUUACAGCUGAGCUAAGAAAGAAGUCGUAUGCAAUUUGCCGGUAUGCUGCUCAUCUAGGAAGUAAAACAGCCCGCGAGAAUGCAGUUUCAAUGCACCGGACUCUUCACAAUAUGGACGUCUAUGUCAGUGACGCGAUAUCCAAAUCUGUGUCCAUUGACCAGAACGACGUAACCGUGACGGUUCCGCAAGCCACAGCGUACUUUCAUCUUGAUCAGCAGGAAGGGAAAUUGAAGCUCUACGUUCCGCAAAGCAAGAAUCAACAACGAUUAUGCCUAUCGAGGGAGCUCCCGAUCAGCCUUCUCCAGCAUUUUGGAGUCCCGAAAGACGCGAAUGGGGCAGAGCUUGGGUCUAUAAUUACGGAGUCCAGCCUUUUCGUCAUUAAUGGGCUUCUGGAGCAAGCUGGUAUCAUCGAAGUAGGGGGAAUUACGAGGCCAGAAGACGAAAGUGAAGACGAAUCAAGCUCGUCAGGGACCGCAAAUACUCCAAGAGGUACUUCGCCAGCGAGAGGCCCUCCUGAGAGCACCGAAGCCCGAGCAGCAAGUCGAUCGGUGACUAUAAGUACACCAGGAAGUGCUUCGCAAACGCAGGUCCCUGGCCUGAGUACUGGAUCCCGAGCAUCAACGCCAUCUGAGACUGUAGGCACUCCAAGAAGUACUUCUCAGACACGAAGCUCUCGCCAUGGUACCGAACCGGAGGCAUCAAGCACUCCGCCUCUGCAGACGAGCACCACUCAAGACUCUUACCCUACACCCAACUCAAUAGCUUUCGAUAGGUCACCUAGUCCUCCAGAGAGACCGGAUCUCUACCGAGAAUUGCUAGACGCCGUGGUUGAACUAGCAGAAAGUCUUCAUCGGCUACCCCGGAAAGGACAGACAUUCCGGGAUCCAUUGCCCAGGAACCCGACAAUCGGAGUCGACACAUCCCUUGCCGUUCAUUCGUCCAUUACCGGGGAAAGAGAAUUCAAGAUAGGUGCUGCUGGUGAACUAUUCGUGUUCGAGUUGUUGAAAGGCCUUGGACUUCCCAACUUUACCCUCGCGAACUGGCAGAGCACGAUCCGCCACCGAGUUGCUGUGCACGAGCGGUACUACGACUUAACGCGUUGGUUCGGCCCCGAGACAGCAGACAUCGUGUACCGGGACCGUGAAGGCACUCUCACACACCUGCUAAUCGAAGCGGGAUAUCUGCAAGCUUCCACCUGGAGCCAUAAGACGCCGGAAUAUUACAUCGAGGUCAAGACAACGGUUGGAAUGUUGGACACACCGUUCUAUUGCAGUCAACCGCAGUAUGAAAGGAUGGAGAGUAUGAGGCUGUUGGGGAAUGUAGCAUCAAACAAGGUAUACUUAGUGGCAAGAGUGUUCUCACUGGGCGAUUGUGGGAUGGGGUUGAAGUUAUAUAUGGAUCCGGCUACGCUUCGAAGCGACCAAGAGCUGAUCUUCAAGACGGACAAGUACUCCGUUACGCCUGGAUAUCGGUUUUAGACUGGAUAUGGGAAGCUUGGAUCUAAGUGUCAUUCUAUGAAGCACGAUUGUUACAUGCAUUCAAUCGAACUAAGCGUGGCUAUAUGUCAGUAUAUUCUUUAAGAUGUAUGAAGAGCGUCGGUCGACUAGUGCCGACACUGUAGAGCCAUAUUCAAUGUUGCGCCUUGUAGUCUCCCGAAAGCUUUCAAAUCCAUU